CCGUCCAAAGUCACGUGACUAUCCCCAGGGGAGGAACGGGACGAGCGGAAGAUGUGAGGGGCGGGGCGCUGGAGGGCGAGCUCACCGUCAUCAAGAUACGCCGAGCUGGUUGUGGCGCUUAGCGCUGUCUGGGAGUCUUGAGAUCCGGCGACUGGGUGAAAUGGCGGAGGCCGCGGCCCUGGUGUGGCUUCGGAGCCCCAGCUUCGGAUGCAAGGCGGUGUGGUGUGCCUCCGCCCCGCGCUCCGUACGCGAUUUUAUCCACCUACACUGCCAAGAUCAGGAUGUUCCAGUGGACUGCUACUUUGUGAAAUGCAAUGGAUCACUCGUUAACACCAGUGACACAGUGCAGCAUGGAGCUGUUUAUAGUUUGGAACCCAGACUUCGUGGUGGAAAAGGAGGUUUUGGCUCUAUGCUCCGAGCACUUGGUGCUCAGAUUGAGAAGACAACCAAUCGAGAAGCUUGCCGGGAUCUCAGUGGAAGGAGACUGCGAGAUGUCAAUCACGAAAAAGCAAUGGCUGAAUGGGUAAAACAACAAGCCGAGCGAGAAGCUGAAAAGGAGCAAAAGCGCCUGGAACGAUUGCAGCGGAAGCUUGCAGAACCCAGGCACUGCUUCACCAGCCCCGACUACCAGCAGCAGUGCCAUGAGAUGGCCGAGCGUCUGGAGGAUUCCGUCCUCCGAGGUAUGCAGGCUGCCUCCAGCAAGACGGUAUCGGCAGGAAUCCGUGAGAGUCGGAAACGGCCUAACAAAUCAAAAACAGACAGAGCAGCCAGUGCAGAGAAAAAGAAAUGCUUUUGGUUGGGCAUGGAAGGACUAGAGACUGCAGAAGGGUCUGGCUCUGAGAGCUCCGAUAAUGACAGUGCAGAAGCACCUAGUACUUCAGGAAUGAGCUUUCACGUUCCCCAAAAUGGCAGUGAUGGUGUUCAGAUGGCAGCCGAAUUUCCUAGUAGCUCUCAGCAGACAAGAGUAUUGAGUGCAGACUCUAGAUCACGAGAAAAACUACAGUCCCCUGUGACGGACUCUGGGAAUGGUAUUUCAGAAGACUUGUAUGCUGAGCUGGGAGAGGCAUCUACCCAGGAGUACAUGGAAGGGAAGAUGGCUAUAGAAACAGAGAAAACCCAGGAGAAAAAUGAGGCAGAGAGUAAAGAACCCUUAGAAAAGGAAGCAGCUGGAGUUGGACUGAAUAAGGAGCAGGAGACCAAAGAAAUGACUGAUGGGGAAAGAGCUGCCAAGGGAGCACCUGGAGAAGAUAGGGAAAACAUACCUGUUGCCAAGCUGGAGGAAAGCCAGUCAGGAAACACAGAUAUCGGUCAGGAAACUGUAGAUUUACUGGCAUUCAGCUCUGUUGCAGAAGUGGAGUUGCUGGGUUUGGAGAAGCUCAAGUGUGAACUCACGGCCCGGGGACUGAAGUGCGGGGGCACCCUCCAGGAGCGGGCGGCGAGGCUCUUCUCUGUCAGAGGACUGGCAAAGGAGCGGAUAGAUCCAGCUUUAUUUGCCAAGCCUUCGAAAGGGAAGAAGAAGUGAAUUUCAUCGGAGCUGAUUUCCUGUUUCUUUAUAGGCUAGCGCUUACAACCUGUAUAAUGUUGACUCUUGGACAUUAUUCUUGUUGCUAUUAAAGGUGACUUUUUAAUAACCAAA